AUGGCUCGACCUCGUACGACUCCCUCGCCGCAUGCCAAGGAUGGUGAGUCGGGAUCGAAAUCAGGAUGGAAGGACAAGUUGACAGCCCAACAACUGAGUCGAAAGAGGGCUGCAGACCGGCAACUGGUGCGGGAGAAUCGAAGCAAAGCCCGCCAGACCAUCGCUGCCUUGCAGGAGCGACUGGACCUGCUCAGCACCCAGCAGUCUGACAAGAUUGUGGCAGAGCUGCUCAAGGAGAACAGGAGCCUCGAGGCCGAAAAGGAGACCCUCCGUAGUAAAUUGCAAUCUGUUUGCUCGGCGCUGGGACUCAGCCGGGAAGAAUCGUCGUCCUUGCUUCAACAGUCCUCCCGCGGGAGCACAACCGAGGGAAUCGCCUCUCGAGAGGCGACAACCGUUGAGCAGCCGGGGAAUGGGACCCAACAUGCAGUCAUUGACUCAGCCGGUUCCGUCCCUUUCUACACAGAAGGCCAGACGCUACAAGUGGGUUCAAUUGAGGAAGGGCGGUCGCAGUGCGAUGCUUCUUUCGAUCUGACCACCGAGCUGGAUUCACGCAUGGCUGUCCCAGACUCACCCUCGCCAUUUCCUGGUAUCUGGGCCGCUUUAGGGCGACUCGGUUCCAGAUCAAACUUGUUGGAUGAUGACUUUCUCGAAGCAAUUAUGAUUUGGAGAUCCAACACCGGCCAUUCUGGUGGCGGCGUCUUUAGCGUCGCAAAUGCCCUUUUCCACAUUGGUCGCCCCCCAGGUCUGAUGUCCCAACAGCGACUGCGGAGCCUUGCCCGAACUCCAAACAUACUCUAUCUGCUGGUCCAGGAUCUUGAGUCGUCUGCGCCAUCUUCGAACCCGGUCCUCGAAAGCAUGGUUCCAACCAAGUACCCUGACAGCGACGACGACGAUAGUCUGACCACCAUGAGGAGAGAACUCGCUAUUGCUGCCUAUGAAGCUAUCAGGCCCGGGAUCAGAACCCAUCUGAUGCGAGACUGGCAAAGCUACCAAGGCCGGAAUCUAUACAGCUCCUUCGUCGAACAUUUCGACGUUCAGAUUUCAACGGACGCCAAGCUACAAGAAGUCCUACAAGUCGACUCCAACGGUUGCGACAUCAGGUUGAUGCCGUCCACAGAACGGUGGCUCCAUGAUAUAAAUUGCCUGAGAAUGGAAGAUGAAUUUGCCGUCGACUUCCCGGAGCUCGCCGAGCUGAUCCGUCCGGCUUCAGCAACAGAGGAUCCCCUUGGGAUUCGCAACUCCUGUGCUGACACACGCAUGGCGGUGGGCACCUUACCACCGGUGAACACUACACAACUGUCGAUCCGAGCAAGCACCCCGACGGCCUUCUCGGUAACCUCAUCUGUUGAGGCUGUAAUAUGCAGCGUUGGUGCCGCAGGCGCCCAGGAAGCUGCUGUCGACUGCUCCAAGAACACAACGUAUCUAGACGACUCAUUUGACAGAGCCUUUUCAUUUGCCGAAAUGCAGCCGCCGCUCCUACCAGGGCUCCCUGGGGUCCAACAGCAACCCGUGAGCCAGGCCGAGACGACUGCUUCCGAAGCCGACUCUGCAUCGUCUAUAGCGACAACGGCACCCCUACCGGUGAUAUCUGAGUUGGGCAGGUCCUCAGCCUCGGAUUCAGUCGCGUCUACCAAAGAAACCCAGCACGACAACAUGGCGUGGGAUCUAUUUGUCUCGGCUUCGCCUGCCGAUCGGACGUAUCGACUUGACCCGUCGCUGUCAGAAUGGGGAGCGAUGAGCUCCUGGUCGGCGACCGAGGACGAUUCUCUCUUCGGCUCUUCGAGUCUGUGGUUUCCAGCUUGGCCCAGUGCUUGA